AUGGACGCUACAAGCUAUACUGACCUCGAAGCCCUCACUGUUGUAUGGGCCCUCAAACACUUCAAAGAAAUCAUUUUAGGCUAUGAUAUUCAUGUCCUAACUGAUCAUCGCCCACUUAAGUAUAUCCUCACAGAUUCAAGACACGUCAAAGGUCGUCAAUCCAGAUGGGUAGACACACUCCUGGAGUUUCACCCCAAGAUUGACUACUCGCCUGGCUCAGCUAACAAGCCCCUCGAGCUCCAGGCGAAGCGACGUGACGACCCACUGUAUGUUGAUAUCUUUGCUCACCUCGAGGAUAACACUAAGCCUCUGCCGACGAACCGAAACCUCCCUAUUGAAGAACUCUACCUCCGCAAUGGCCUGCUCUUCCGGAAAUCAGCUCCCAAGAAAUUGUGUGGAUCCAAGCAAAGUCAUACGUACCACCAACUGGUCAUUCCCGAAGUCUUCGUCCCUACAGCACUCAACCUACUUUACAAUUCUCAUACUUCAGGACAUCAAGGUAUUUUCAAAACUUUGCAGUUAGCACGCUCUCACUAUUAUUUCCCCAGAUUUGGCCCACGAGUUAUCGGUCACAUCAAAAGCUGCCAGAUCUAUCCUCUCUACAAAGGUCACACUGUUGCCCCAGUGCCUGCACUCACUUACGACACACCAGAACGACCUUUCUUCAGAGUGAGUAUGGACGUUCUUUCCGGUUUCACUCCCACAGAGAACCGAAAUUGCCAUAUGGUUGUCAUGAUUGAAAGUUUCAGCCACUAUACCAAGUUCGCCCCUAUCCCUGACAAGAAUGCGAAGACAGUCGCUCAUGCCUUCUUCUCUCAUGUCAUUUGUCGCCAUGGUGCCCCUGAGCAGCUCGUACCUCAGGCAAAUGGCCUCGUCGAAAGGCUCAACAGAACGAUUCUGAACGUCCUCAGAAUCUCCAUCAACACACAAGAUAACAAGUGGGACCUGUGGAUUCCCAUCACUCAGGCUGCCAUCAACAGCACCUUCCACUCCUCCCUAGGUGACAUCCCCAACUACGUCGUGUACGGUGACGAUCGGCGAUUCACCUAUGAACUCCUGCAACAACUGCAACUUCUCCUGUCUACGGAGACGACUACCGGAAGAUCUCAAGCCUGGUAUCACUUUGACACACUCAAACUAGCCAGCACACAAUACGAGGAUAGAUUCAAUCAACAGCGUCCCUCACCAGUCUCACUCCUGCAGAUAUUGCUCCUGAUCCAAAGCUGCUACUUCGUUGCCACUGUCUUCCCCAGAUUGCGACUCCCUUGGUCUUCCACAGAUGCCUUCUGCCCAGAGAUGACUAAGACAUCCAUCCCGAGACCCGCUCAGUCAUGGGUCACUCUGCACCCGCGCCACAUAUCGCCAGCCGCAUCUUACCUUCCACCUGCGCACUAUGCCGGGACCGAGUCUCCCUGCAUCCCCGCUGUCGAGACUUCGCCCUCAGCUCAUCCACUGCAGCAGGAUCGAGGACGAUCCUGA